CCCUGGAAGGCCUGGAAGGAGGGCCUGGUCUAUGUAAAACUCUUCUCAAAAGGCCAGGGGCAGGGGGAGCAUGUGAGUAACUACCUCUUUGAGUCUCUGACAGUCUUUAUUCCCACCCUUUGUCUCUCACUUAACUUUUGCAUCUCUCCUUCCUGCGCAUGGGUUUUUGCAUCACUCUGCGGCCUCCGUUCCGUCCGUCUCUCCUGAAGACUGUAUCCCUCUUUCUUCUGCCUGGUUCUGCUCUCCUGCCUUGGCUGUUUUAUAUUCCUGUCUGCUUCUCCCUCCUCUGGGUGUCCCAGAGGUCUGGUUUUACCUCUUACCUUCUCCUCCCGGAAUUGAUAUCUGCUGACCCAACAGGUCUCACCACUUCCCCAACCAGAGGACGACUCCACUGUUACACCUGCAGCUUUGCUAAGCCCUGCUACCCUGUUCUCACAGAGUGCCAGGAAGAUGAGGUGUGUGGCAUCAGUGUUGGCACCUCAGACCAGAAGGAAGAGGUCAUCGAGCGGAGAGGCUGCCUCCCUAGGGCCCACUGCCCUCUGCUGGGCCGUGCCACCUACUGGUCACAGCCCUAUGCUCUCCGGCACCAGUGCUGUGAGCAGGACCUGUGCAACGCGGCCGCCUCCCUGCCGCGACUCCCACGCCUGCCCCUCACCACCCUGUCACUUCUUGCAGCCAUCUUUGCCUGGGGAGUCCAUAUCUUCCUCUAGCCUGUGAGUCCAUGUCAGCCCAGGACUCCGAUGUUAUCGUGGACCUGGAAACAUCUGCACAGAUGUUUUUGAGGCAUGCUCAAGAAUGUGACUUUGUGUAAAAAGCCCUGGCCCUUGAGGGUUUUUAUGCCAACACCUCUACAGACCCCCUCCUAAGACCUGAUUCCUACAGCUGGAGUUUCCGAUCCCAGCAUGAAUGUGUCCAGAACCUCGCCUCAUAAGAAACACCCUCCCCACCCCAUCCCCCGGCGCUGUCUUUUCUCUAGGUGUCCCAGGUCAGCUACCCUGAAGGAGCCCUGGGUCCCAGGUAAAGGGACAGAAGUGGCCUGGGACUGGUGAGGGGUAGAGUGCUGCUAGGAAAGAUGUAACUGGGUAUCUGAGGGUCUCAAGAAUGGAAGGCUACCUUGGGGAACCAUGAAGAGUACAUUU